GAGGAGCUCUUACGGUGACGCGUGUUUGGAGAACAAGACACGCCACUUACGCACAGGGAGUUCGCCAAGAAAACCUACGGUGCCCACAGAUUAUUCUUAGGUACCAUUUAAAAGUUCUACUCGAGUAUAACAGGCUACUUGUUUUAUUGGCUACAUGAAGUGGAUACGACAGUCAAUUCGUCGGCCGACAAACGGAAUUUAGAUUGUCGUAAGAGUCAGAGGUGUGUGUACGCAUGUGGGUCAGUUGGGGCCUUCACCAGCAGUGGAGAUGUUUGGACUGUUGACCUUGACAACCUGACUGCACCUAAAGAGACCUGGUAAACAUGGAUUUGCACACUCACAGCAAUGCACGCCUUCACUAUGGACUCAAUGGCUCAAUGACUCCCCACUCUAAGGAAGAUGGCCUGCAGUUUCUCAGUCUGGAGGAGAAGGAGUGCAUUAUUUUCUUCGAGGAGACUAUUGACUCGCUGCAGGAGGGUUUAGAGGAGGACUGUACAUCAGGGAGAGCCACAGCCAAGGAGAACCUGCGGACUUCAGCUAGUUCAGCCCCACACCGGGCACCCAACACUGCUAUUUCCCCCAGCCUAAUGGAGCAUGACAUCAUCGACCUGGUCCACUCCCCACAUCACUUGAACAUGCCAGUGACAGAUUUUCAGAGUCAGGCCCAUUUUGAGCAGAAGCCAGUGAGGGAUACCGUGGACUACCCAAGCUCUGCCAUCUCUGCCUCCUCCACAGCCCCUGUUGCGUCUGAUGAGAACAACCACCAGCCUCCGCCAGGCUCCAUCCCCACCCCUGUGCUCAUCGCCAGCAGGCUCGCUGAGCACAAGGGUGCUGGCAGUCCAUCCACACAUCCCAACAUACUAAUCCAGCGCACACGUAGCCUGGAGGCCCAGCACAGCUCAUCCCCCAAAUGUGCCCCACCAACACAUGCUAAGCCAGCCCGCCUGCCUGACAACAUCAGCAUGCGCAGCAGUUGCAACCCCAGCCCACAGUCCAUUGCUGCAGCAGCUGUCAGUUUGCAGGAACGACGUUCACAGAUGCUGGCCAAUCUCCCCUCCAAUGCCCACCCUCUGGAGGGGGGGGAGCCGACUUGCAUUCGCAACAUGCCCACUCGGAGUGUGUCAUUCACAGAUCCGAUGCUGAACACAUCCAGGAUAGAGGCACUGUCAAAGCUGGGCCUGGCGGGCGUGGCACCAGCUGCCACAGGACUGGCAGUGGGCAGCAGUGGCAGUAGCUUCUCUAGUGGCAUUAACAAAUUUGGUCGCUGUACUGAUACAGCUAAGAGUAGUACUCAUACCUCCAUUACACAUAAUAGUCACAGUCCUGACACCAGUGUCAGUCUGAAGAACAGCAGCGUAACUUCCACUCACUCAGGCCCAAGCAGCAGCCGUGAGCAAAAACCUAAGAGUGAUAUUGGUGCUAGCAACUUUAACAUCUAUGGGGGAAAAUCAGCGAUAAUCACAGCAGCUGACCCCCCUGCCAAAGGCAAUCAUGACACAAAGUCUAGUGCUCCAGUGCCGCCAGUGAGUGCGGAGGUGACACACCGUGACUUUAAUAGCUACGGUGGCAAGACCAUCAUGCUAAAUCCCAAGUCUGAGUCUAUCUCUUCCUACAGCGCUGUAAGCAGUCCCCUAGCCAAGCAGGUGUCUGCAGAGAUCCUGCUCAACAACUAUGGUGGCAGAUCCAAAGUCAUAACCCCUUCCAUUGCUCACACUGACCACUCACUGACCAGCACCAUCAUGGCUAGGCCCAACUGUGGGAACCUCGACAGCCUGACUGGCAGUAGAUCCAGCAUCUUCUCACCCAUUAAAGAUGAAGGGCAGUCACUCAUGAACAGCCACGAGGCCAAACCCUCGCACCCUGACCAAGUUUCUCAGCCCAUAGUCAGGGCCAAGCCUGCUACGGUGCCUUCCUCUCCAGCCCCUAGACCUCCAAGACUCACUCCAUCCCCAAGUAUUCAAAAGCCACCCAUGCCUCCAGAGGUCCUCAGCAUGGUUGGCCCCAAACCCUGUUUACGUGCACAGGGUGUCACGGUGCAGUUCUCUGGAAAAGGAACAACAGAAGAAGACAGACGAGAUGCUUUGCGUAAACUGGGACUGCUUAGUAAAACGUCUUAAUUGCUGAGUCCAGAAUCUUUUAAUGGAUUAUUCUACUCAAAUAAUAUGUAUUUUUUUGUAGGACCACAUCCAUUUGUUUCAGCUUAAAGGUAAUAGUAUUAUUUUUUGAUUAUGUACUCCAUAUUUUUUCUUGUUCUUUACAGUUAAUAUAAUGAUUUUUUUAAAUUAAUAUUACUUAGUUUAUACUUUGCAGUGAUGUUCUAGUAUCAGGCAGUAAAUACUCUUCCUAUCAUUACUAAUUACAUCAGCUGCCAUACAGUCAUCAUGAUUGCUCAGUCAAACAUAUUAAUUUAUACAGAAGACAGUGGCAGUUCUCUUGGAAAUUUAAAGGUUCCAGAUUAGAUGGCCAUUAGUCUCUGAAAACAAUUUUAAUAAUUUAUUCCCAAUAUUGCUGUCAUUGAUGAAUUUUGAAACUUGGGAAUUUCAUGUCAUUACUGAGUGGAAUCGACAUGGAGACAUGGAUGGGCCUGUGCUCGCGCUCUCUCUCUCUCUCUCUCUCUCUCUCUCUCUCUCUCUCUUCUCCCCUCUCUCUCGCUCCCCCUCUCCCUGCUUGGUUCAGCCCACAGGAUAUUUUUAAGUUUAGAUGCAUGUGCCUCCCCCACUAAGUCACAGUGAUCCAAAUCUGGAGUCAAGAGAGGAGGGCAGUCAGGAAAACAUAUUUAACUAUUUUAUUGUUCUCUUAGCACUUGGACUAUCACUCAGUGGUUUAUCUGUUUUUAAAAAAGUCCUUGCAAUGAGUGGUGUAAAAUACUGUGUGUGCACGUGUGCAUAUGUAUAUGUGUGAAUGAGUGUCACUAUGUGUGAGAGAGAGAAAGAAAAUGUAUACAUGUAUGUGUGUUGGCACAAGAGUAAGGGAAUUCAGUGAAAGAGUACUGGCUGAAGGUUAAGUAUCUAUAUUAUGUGCCUAUGUGUCUUCAUGGAUUUUUAAAAUGUUUUUUUUUUUUUAGUUACAGACUCCGGUUUUUGUAGCAAUUCUACAGUUAUAAUUGAAGGAUUUGAAACACAUGAAUGUGUUUUUAUAUAUGCACACACACCAAACACACCAUUCUUUACUUUGCUCUUUUGCCUUCAUAAAUGAUACCAUUGCCAUGAGGAACAAAAUCAAAGGCACUUUUUUAUGACAAACCUCAUUCAUGCUGUUUUUGCUUAGUUAUAUACAUCACCACCUAUUUCUGAAUAAAAUAGUCCUUCACCUUCAGAAUGUGCUUACAUUCACAGAAUCUAGUAACAUGGUUAGCUAUUGUUGCUAUAUUAUUUAGUUAGGCUACAUUUACAGCAUUAGCUGAUGUUUUAGUCCAAAUCAACUUAGAAUCAUGGCUGAGUACAAUUUAAGCAAUUGUCCAACACUAGCAACUAAGCAGUGGUGAGGCUUGAACUGACAACCUUCAGAUUACAAGUCAAUUAAUUUAACCACAGAGCUAUCACUGCCCCAGGCUACUCAUUUAUAUUUAUUUAAUGUUAAAUAGGAACCCAGAUUAUGGAAAAUUACUUCAUCAUUCAAUGGUUUAUAUAUAAACAAACUCAUUAAGAGUCUUUUGGUGUGAACUGCGCUAAAUGCCGUAAAUGUAACUGUGCCAUUCCAGAGAAUUCACAAUUGUUGUACUAGGAACCAGAGUUAAUGAUAUCUUUGCUACAAAUAUAGCCAUUUUAUCUGCUAUCCAAAAUGACCAGUGAACUUAAAUGUCUUCUACGUUUUAUAUGUCACACUGAUAAUGGUAAAAUUAGAUAAAUUUGAAAAAAAUGU